AGAGAGAAAGAGAGAGAAAGAGAAAGAGAGAGAGAGAGAGAGAGAAAGAGAAAGAGAGAGAAAAGAAUAAAAAAGAAAAUUUUAAUCUCUCGUUUGUUCGAAUGUUUAACAUUUUCAAAAUGAAAUCCGUGGAAAAAAAUGUGACGGUCCAAAAGGAUCAAACAAAUUUUUUAAAAAAUUGGUACGUUUGGAUCAUAACCAUAGUGGGACUGUCAAGUUUCUUUUUAAUAGUGAUAUUUUGGUGUACGAAUAUAUUCAAGAACACUAUAUUAUCGAAUUUAAUAAUAGAAAAGGGUACGACGAACUUUGAUUUCUGGGAACGUCCACCUGUCAGUUUGAUCUACAAAUUUUACAUCUUUAAUUAUACGAACGUAGAAGAUUUCGAGAGGGAUAAGGCAAAGAAACUUAGAGUCGAACAAUUGGGACCGUACAUUUAUAGGGAAACAAAGAAACGCGUAAACGUUCAGAUGCACGAGAACGGUACGAUAAGUUAUCAAGAGGAAAAAUCAUAUCAAUGGGAAAGUGGAAAUCCUGACAAUGAAAUGAUCAUCGUACCAAAUAUUCUACUUUUGGCGACUAUUUCCCAUUUCCGAAAUUUACCAAUUACCACCAAAUUUUUUUUAAACAUUGGCAUGUCAACGUUAAAACUAAAGACAUUUUUAAAUCUCACUGUUAGGGAUUUUCUUUGGGGAUACGAUGACAAUCUUUAUAACGUCUUGAAAUCAUUUAGCUUGUUAAACCAUCUGUCUUUCGAGAAAUUUGGAAUUCUAGUCGGUUACAAUGGAACCUCGAAGGAUCGUAUCACUAUAAAUACAGGUUCAAAUAACAUCGAUUAUCUUGGCAUAAUCGAUAACAUAAAUGGCAUUAAUAUUCAAAAUAUUUGGGGUGACGAUAGAUGCGAUAGGAUUUAUGGCACUGACGGAUCGAUAUUUCCACCGAAAUGGAUUGACAAUUAUAGUACUCCUCUUUACAUAUAUGUUAAAGAAUUAUGUAAACCGUUGAUCUUUCAUUUUCGUGAAUACAGCAUGGUCCAGGGAAUACCUAGUUUGAGAUACAAAAUGUCAAUGGACUCGUUAAUGCAAUCCUCGACGGAUUCCUGCUUUUGUCCAAAAAUAAUGGAAAACGAUGAAUGGAAAAGAAAAUGUCCACCUAAUGGAUUUUUUAAUGUAUCGACGUGUAAUUACGGCGUACCGAUAUUAAUUUCCUUUCCGAAUUUCUAUGGUGUUGAUCAAUCGUCGAUAGAAUCGAUCGAUGGAUUGAAUCCGAACGAAACUCAUUACGAGAGUUUCUUGGAUUUGCAUCAGUUUUUUGCCGUACCAAUGAACGGCUCGUUGAAGAUACAAUUGAACAUUGAAGUUCAAAAAGUCAUUGGUAUGCCGUACACCGGUAAACUUAAAGACGGCACGAUAUUACCAAUCAUAUGGUACGACAAUACACUUGACGUAUUACCACAAAAAUUUAUUAAUAUUUUCUUUGGCAGUCAUUUUCUUAUAAUGAUCAUUGAACUAGCCUUUCGAUGGGGUAGCAUUCUCAUAUUUUUAAGUUCCAUUUGUCAUGCUCUCUUCAUAAUUCUACGAAAAUAUUCGAUAAAUCGAUUAUGUGUUAUUAUGUGAAAUUUUUUAACGAACAACGAACUAAUAGAAGGAUGAUAAAUUAUAGCCGUCGCCUUCUCCUCUUCUUCCCCCCCCACACACACCCCAUCCCCAUCUCCAUCCCCACCACCACCAUUAUCUGACUUUUCCCUGCAUCUAACUCCAAUUUUAUCUCAAUUGACAAAGUUCAAAAGAAUAUUUUUUUUAAUUCAUUCAUUCGUUUACCUCGAAUGAAGUUAUAGCGCGAUAAUAGAGAUUAUUAAAAUAAGACAAUAUCAAUUUAUUCAUAAAAUUAUUCAUUGACGUUCAACAAGUAAAUCGUAUUUUUCUCAUUGUGCGAAAUACAAACGUAUAAUUAA